AAAAAAUUCAGAUUUUCUCGGGCACUCUACUCGGCCGCAAUUUUGUUCAAUUUUGACUCAGUUUUAGUUGAGUUUUCUUUCAACUAUGAAGCCUUUCUAAUUUUGAUUCCAGACUCGACAGCGGUGUUAAUUACUAACAUAUUUUAUAGUUAUUACCAUUAAAUAUCUACCACUGGAAACGUGCUUGUGUUUUCUGCGAUUUGCACUACGGGAUACGGUUGAUUUGUAGUAAGUAAAUCCAUUGUCUACGAACAUGUUGAAGAAUCGUGUUUUUAAGGUUACGUAAAUAAUCUUCUUCCUUUACACCUCUGAAGCUCAAAAUUAGUGCCAAAUGCUAGAGUAGUGUUCAUUCAAUAGCCCUUCGUUACUUAAUCUACGAUUACUAUGUGCUGUGUUUCUCCUAGUGUUCCUGUGCUUUAAUUUGUGUGUGUCCAGAAAUUUACCAUCCAAAGGAAUUAACUACACACUUAGUGAUGCUGUUUGGAACUUCCUGAUCAACUUUUGAAGAUGUCCGGAGUCGGAGUGGGGGUCGGCUCUGUGGAGAUGUCGCCCCAUUUGGUCUCGCUCAACCCCCCCUGCAAACUAUACCCCCUGCCUGAAGCGGGUUGCGUGAGCGUGGGGAGCGGAAGCGGGGUGGACGUGGCGAUCCCGAGGGAGGCGGGCGGGGGUGGGGGCGGGGCCGGGGACCUGGGGAGUUACUGCAUCCUCGAGAACCGCAACGGCAUCGUCACCCUCACCCCUUUCGCCGAGGACACCCGAGUCAACGGCCGCGCCGUCCAACAAACCGUCCGGCUCGAACCAGGAAGCACAAUUGCAGUUGGACAGUCGGGUCUUUUUAAAUUUAACUAUCCUCUUCUUUCCAAUAUGAUGAAGUCUUCCAUGCAGUCGAAUUCAUUCGGAUUAAAUCAGUUUAACGAUUCCAAAAAGGAAAAAGUACAAUCAACUUUCAAUGUCACACCUGUUGACAAAUACAUUUCACCAAAAUGCUUUCCUCGUGGGAGUGUCACAGUCAACUCACCCGCCGACGCUGUUUUCGGACAAAACUCACCGAUCAAUCACAUCUCGAAACUUAACAAAUCCCCUGCUGCCAAUGACAAUUGCUCAAAGUUGAACAACUCAGUUAUUUACCAGAACAUAAACUGCUCAUACCAGUCGAGCAAAGUAAAUAAUAGUGACCUGCCCCCAAGUUUAGUCAAUGGGAGCGGUCAUUCAGGAGGAGGUGAGCCUAUCAGAGGGAAGGUAUUGUCACGUCCCAGUGCAUCCUUUGACCGAAACCCCACAUACUCAGCGCAUAAGAGCGGUGUAGUUUCACCAGUGCACAGCAUGGUUCAAUCUAAAGCAAGUUACGAAGAUGAUUUGUCGUCUUAUCAUCCGUACUGUUCUCAGUCAAGUUACCCUUAUUCAUGCAGUGGCUCUGGGCCGUGUAGUCAGUAUAAUUAUGAUCUCGAGCUGAACAAGCAAUUAGAUGAGCAGCUGUCAAUCCAAGCAGCAGAAAAGAAGCAGCUAGAUGAGAUCCUCUCAGUUUUUGCAGACUAUGAGAAGAAAACAUUGGAACAGUCAGCAAAACCUCAUCAUAAUAGAAUUAUCACCAAUGGUUCGCUGCCACGUGAUAAACAUCUCGGCUCUCCUAAUGGUUUGUCUGAAUAUUCCAGGGAUACUUCUUUCAAUUUUGAUGGAUCCUCACCAAAAGAUGAUAAGUAUUCCAAGACUGCUCAUUUUGAUUUUGAGAAGAGGAAUAAUCUAGAAGUCAGCGACACAACCAGGCGGAGCUGUGAAAGUAUCAUUUCGCAACCCAACAGCCCUAGAACGAGGAUAAAAACUACCGUCUCAAGAAAGGAUACCUCUCCAAGUGAAGAGUUUUGUCUGGAACAGUUGGAAACUCGAAUUGCUAGUCUCAGUGAGUUAGGAUCGAAUGCAGCUUCCUCUCCAAAACCACAUUAUACAACUUACAAUGGGUUGAACCAUUACACUCGAGAUGGCUCAAACAAUCUAUCAACUUUCAAAAUGCAGCUUGACAAACAAUCAACUAUUCCCAACAGCACCGUUAACUCAUUUUCACCCUCAUUGCACAAAAAACUCCAGAAUGGAAACAUUAAAAAGUCAAACAUUGACAUCAUGUCACGCAGCUACACAGAACAGUCGGUGAGAAACGACUUGAACGGAGUUAACUCUUUGAGCCGGUCCUUUUCAAAUGAACGACUCACCUCUGUGCCUCAUAAUUUAACCAAUGGUGAUGUUAACCGAAAUGACUUGGUCAGUGCACUACAGGCAGAUGUAAAGAAGCUUAAAGACAAGACGAUUUACCAGAAUGUUCCAAAUCAAAAACGGUGUGUUCAAGAUGGUUUUGAGGAAGAAAAGCGGAAGAUAGAUAAUCUGGUUUAUGAAUUAAACAAGCUUGUAAACCAGCCUUCGAAAACUCCCAGUUUCUCGCCAAGCAAGCCGGAGAUGAGUGUACCAAAGGAGAAGAGUAAAUUCAUACUGCCGCUGGAUGAAAUUGACUCUGCAAUCACAGCCCAGCGAAGGUCUUUGGACUUUGAUAAGGAUACAUUGAGGAAUGAGCGGCAGUCAAUGCUGAAAGAUUUGGUGGGGUUCAAAUCGAAGGUCCUUGAAAUUCGCCAGCAAGAAGAUGAGAUUCUGCGAGAGAUGGAGAUGGAAUGUGCGCUAUUGGAAGGAGAGUACAAGUCUGAAACUGGAGUGAUCAAAGCAGAGGAAGAAAGCUUGAGGGUACUGCAAGAAAAAUUGUUGAAUAUUGAGAAAGAAAUAGAAAAGUGCACUGCACAACAAGCAGAGAGUAAGCGGAAAUUGGAAGAAGAGCAGAAAUCUUUAAAUGAAUUGGAAGAGAAAGUGUUCAAUUGUGAUGUAGUAGAACAGGAUGAGUUAAUGCAGUCCUACAAGCUAAAACAAGAAAAUCUCGAGUAUGAAAAGAAGAAUUUUGAAGACUCUGAGUUUCUCUUGUUAGAGGAAGAAGCUGAUCUUCUAUCCAAAAGGGAAGAAUACCAACGCGAGCUGAAUGACAGGACAACAAAGCUACAUACACAUAAGUUACGUGUUGCUCAGCUAGGACUGCAACAAAAGCAGGUUUUAAGCAAUGCGGCUGAUGAAUCUAAACAGUUGGAAUCCGUGCUCAUUGCCUAUCUGAAUAAUAUUAAAGAGACCCGCAACAGAAUACGAGAGUUGGAUAUAAAACUCGGUGACGUUAACCAUUGUGAAACUCCAAGUAAAUCAAUUUUAAAGCAGUCCCCAGAAUCUUCUGAAUCUGAUGAUGAUUUAGAUAAGCAGUUGAAGCAACAGUCAAUGGACGAUCUAAACCGGAUCUCAAAAAUAACUUUAGGAACUCCGAUUAUGGAAAGUAACCAAUCGAAUUCUCUUGGUCGCCGUACUGUGGCCCUUUUAAGAGAAAUUGAGAAGAAUCGGCAGUUGGUUCUUGCUAAGCAAGGUAGUCUAGUAAUUGAAGAAGAACGCAAACGGGUCCUAGAGUUGAAACAAAGGGUGCAAACUGAGGUGCAUGCACAGUGGGAAGAGAGGAAGCAGCGCGAAAAUAAUUGCAACUCCUUGAACAGCAUCGCAAGUGAAGAAUCUAGUUUAACAUCAAGUGAUAUUCUCUCGGAAAGUGUUAUCAAUGAAGAUGGCGGGAAGACUAAUGAUAAGUCAAACAGCAAUAAUUCACCGAAAAUUCUAAAUUCUGUCCCAUGCGAAGAGUUCAAGUCAAAAUCCUACUUAACAGAAUUAGAAGAUGGAACAGGCAGCAGACAAUGGUCAGAGGUUUCGUCUUGUGUUAGUGAGGAGCAACUAAGCACCCUUUCCCGGCAGACUAGACCCAGGAGAAAUGUUCAGCGACCCUUAACUCGUUACCUUCCAUUCAGAAGCGGAGAGACACUGGACUUGCGACAACACAUCAUCAGUGCCGGCCAUCAAGUAGAACUGUGUCAGCACAUAACGCUGGACAGCACGUCAUGUCGUGGAUAUCUGCAAAAAAUGACCUCACGUUUUCACAACUGGAAUAAGCGCUGGUUCCUUUUCGACCGCACAACCCGUGUCUUCUCCUACUACAGCGACUCUAGCGAGAAAAAACUUAGAGGAGUCACUCAUUUUCCUGCCAUAGAAGAAGUUUACGUCGACCACCUAAAUUCAGUUAAAUCUCCACACCCGAACCUAACGUUUGUUGUGAAAACGAAAGGUAGAACAUAUUAUUUGAUGGCUCGAACACCCGAAUCCAUGAGGAUAUGGGUGGAUGUUAUCUUCACAGGAGCAGAAGGUUACCAAGAAUAUUUCGACAACACGUAAUCCUUUUUGUUUUAUUCUUUGUUUUCUUAUGUCUUACAGCUCUUUAUCCGUACAUUUCAAUUUGUGCAGAUAAAGCUUCAAGUAUUGACCAUACGUUAAGAAAGGCUGCAAAGCCUUGAGUUUAUUUUUACUUAAAUUUUUAUAUUCUAACCAGUGAUUUAAUGUGUAUAAUUUUUGCCCUCGUUUUAUGAAAUUUUUUAUCAUUGAACCUGUAUACAUUGUUCUUCAAUCAAAGUGAUACAGGAGAGGUUUGAGCUUGACUCUAAGUCUUCUUGUUGUAAUUAAGUCUUCUAAGUCUUUGAAGUAUUUUACUGAAAGAUGGCAGUCUUUCAGAAUUUAGAUUUUUCCUUGCCAAUUUUUUUACUUUGCUUAUUGUUGCUUCCCAAUACUAGUACCCACUAGUAGUAUAAAUAUUUCAAUUCCCUUUUUCUGAUCAAAAGAUAAAUAUCUCUUAAAUUUGUAGUAAGAUUCAACAGAAGCCCUACCGAUAAGACCUUAGUUGUCCGUGUGUCUAAAUAGCUCAUUAUUGUAGCUAAUUUGUUGAGUCUGUUCAUCGCAAGAAUCUAAUUUAUUGUAAUACCUCAUCAGGCUGGCGCCUUUCGAUUCUGUGAAUUUCUCUUUUAUGACCUUGUUUUCUGAAUUUUUUUUUUUUUUUAUGACAUUGACCUUGAUCUCAAAGUAAUAUAAGCUUGUCUCUUCAGUAUUUGAAACUUCAACCAGGGAUUUAUCAGCAGAAACUUGAGAAUUUUUUGCGAUGAAAUUUGUAUAUUUGGGUAGCUUUGUAUUUUAUAAAUAUUAAAGUUUUGGGAAAAUUUGACUGUCCACUAAGAAAAGACCUUCGUGGGAUAGAGGGCAAAUUUUCUUCAAGUGAGUUGAAAAAUCAAACUUUCGUCUGACAAAAAAUGCUCAUCAAGAUUCAAAGGGAAAGUCGUGAGCCAUCUAGUUCAUUUCUGUGCCAAGUGCCAACAGAGAGUCGCAGUUUCAUUUUAAACUGUCAAUUUUGAACCUUGAAUAUGGUAGAACUUGACUUUUGUAUAAAGUUGCUUUUUCUCGAAAGGAUGUUAUUUUGAACUGACAACUCCCAACCAUUAUUACUCUGAUUCAAUUUAGAAUUUUUGUGGGGUCUUCUAGUUAAAAUUUUUUGGAACACUCUCUUUCCAGCCGUGAACACAUUUUAAAUCAGUGGCACUGUGGUUUUUUUCUUGUGGGCGGUCACAAAUUUAAAACGGAAGCAAAACUUCCAGAGCAAAGGUGCACCCAGGGUAUGCAUAUAGGUAUUUGAUCUUCUCUGUCAUUAUUCAGCUUGAGUGAUAGUGCUUGUUUUUUUUUAUGCUGGCGUUGCUCUUCAACAACGCAAUCUUUUUUUAAUUUAACAAUAUAAAUUGAUUAGAUCUCACAGCU